UCAGCCUCGGCCUGAAACUAGACACGCAUAAAAAUUAUAGCUCGCAUAACGACAACUCCUUGAUAUCUCGUUCUUAGACACGACUUAACACAGAUCCUCUACUUUCUUUUACGAUGAACAAGUUCCUCGGUCUUUACAUGGCUUUCGCCGUCUUCCUUGCCUCUUCCGUGUCUGCUAUACCUCAAGACCAUCUCGCGCCAGCUGUCGAGUCAAACCAUGUAUCGAACAUUCACUACGGACGAAACGAUCCGAAAAUACCUCUAAGUGCCGCUGCCGUCAAAGUUCAUGGGAGGGAAAUAGGCAUUAAGCCACCCAACCCACCCGCUUUUCCACGUGCACCCCCACUUCAAACUGCGGCUAUGCAAGGCGAAAAAGUCGUCGAGUCCGUUCCGGCGCACGUUCCGAGACAGGUUCAUAAUGCGGAUUACGGCUCGAACGGUGGCCCAACUGGUAACCCUAAGACUACGCAACAGACUUCAACUUCAUCCCCUACCAGUACUACUACAGCUAGUGAAUCUAAGGAGACAGGCGACUCGUCGGAGGGAAAGAAGCGCCGCACCCUCAAUCCGCACCCUACCCAGGACAUCAACUACAUUGCCAACUAG